GUUUCACAAGAUAACAUAGAAGAAAUAAAUUGUCCAAUUAUGUUACAGCGCAAAUUCUCUUCCUACCGGGUUCAUUUUCUUCUUUCCACCUACCAUUGCAAUUGCCCUGCAGAAUUUAUGCUCAAUUUUCCAAGUUCUUAAAUGGCGAACUUAUCCUUAAGCUUUCAACCUAGAGUAUUUUGUCGUUGCUUUCUCAAAAAGGCACUUCUUCACCAGUUUGUUCACUCCACCAUUACCUAAGAACCGUACGUUGAGAGCGAGAGAUGGAGAGUAUGUAUUGCAUGUGCAGCUAGACAAGAACCAAAGAAAUUCAAGAAAGUGGAAAUGGCGUGUGCGGAAGCAGAAAAAUGGACCUCUCAAAGCUCAAGAUAAAGAAAUCUAGGAAAAAGUAACUGUUAUUAUUUCUUUAGCUAGAAUAUCCAUAAUUCAAGAACCUUCUUACACGCUAAUAUUUUUUUUUCUUCAGUUCGUUCGCUUUCCCCUAUUACCUGUGGCUCUCAGAAUUAUUUCUUGCCACUGAAUCUAUGUUGCUGCCAUUUUUUCUUUGUCUUGUCUCACAUAAGAACUCUAGAACUAGGUGUUCUACAAACUUUGCACUUCCUUUUGUUUCUGGGUUUGCUUCAUUUUUUUUUGGGGUGGGUCUUAAUUGUUUUGAUAAGCAUGAAGGGUGUGUUUGUUUUCAGUUAGAGUGAUUUAGGGAGAACAUUGUAAGCGUGUUUGGUUCAUUUGCUGAUAUUUUAAGUUGAGAUCCUUUUGUUUUUCUUAUCUGUUGCUUCUUGGUACUUCAAAAUGGGAGGGGUUCUAAUUUGCUCAAUAGCCGACUUGGGAAGGGUCUAAAAUUUACAUAUUUUUGGUGCUUUGAUUCUCUAGUUACAGUUUUCCAGUCUUCAGUGAUUCACCAGCCUUAUUUGGCAGUUGCAGCCCUUUUUAAAUGCUAUAGGACUUGAAAAGGCUCGGACGUUACUGCUUAGCGCCUCAACGAAGUCUCAAGUUGUUCCAAGGUUAAUAUUAGGGGUGAGAAAUUUAAGGGUUCUUCAUUAUUCUGCGCAAUCUGUUAAUUUGAAGCCCUUUUCAGGUGCUUGAAAAGUUUCCCAAGUUUAUUUAUAGUUGCUCUUGUUUGAUACUUGAAGCUUGGAAGUAGUUGCAAGUCUUCCAAAAACUUAUGAAAGUAGUAGCUGUCUGCCAUUGUGAUAUAGACCAUGGCAUCAGUUUUGUCUUUCCAGCUAUCACCUUACUUUUUGACAAAUUCAGUAAUUAAGGGUCGGUUUCGAGUGAGAGUUCAGAAUGUAGGUAGUAAGGACCCGAAAGUGCUCUUGUCUGAUUCAAAUGUAGUGAAUGAAACUUCUUCCGUUGAUCAGAAAAAGAAGAAUGGAGUUCUUUAUGAUGGAGGUACUAUGGUGGAAGAGGAGAGGACUUUGAUUAAUAGAGAAAAUGGGAGAUUGGGGUUUGUACCACAGAAAAAGUGGACGAAAGAUGUUUCAAAAGAUCUGGAAGCGUUGUGGGAUGAUGGAUAUGGUACCAAGACAGUGAAGGAUUAUCUUGAUGUAGCCAAGGAGAUGAUUAGGCCUGAUGGAGGGCCACCUCGGUGGUUUUGCCCCCUUGAGUGUGGGCAGCCUCGAAAAAAUUCUCCAACUCUUCUGUUUUUACCGGGGAUGGAUGGUGUUGGCUUGGGACUUAUUUUGCACCAUAAAGCCCUUGGGAAGGCGUUUGAAGUUUGGUGCCUUCAUAUUCCAGUGUACGACAGGACAUCAUUUGAAGGACUACUGAAAUUUGUUGAAGAAACAGUGAGGACUAAGCAUGCUGCUUCACCAAAUAAACCAAUUUAUCUAGUUGGGGAUUCUUUUGGAGGAUGUCUAGCACUUGCUGUUGCUGCCCGUAAUCCUAAAAUUGACCUUGUCCUGAUACUAGCCAAUCCAACCACUUCAUUUGGCAGAUCACAACUACAGCUCCUGCUCCCAAUCUUGGAGGCUUUGCCUGAUGGAUUACAUAAUACAGUCCCCUACCUUUUCAGCUUUGCUAUGGGUGAUCCACUAAAGAUGGCGACGAUUGGUACUGAAAAUAGGCUUCCUCCCAAAUCAAAAAUUAAACAGCUGUCUGGCAAUCUCACUGCUUUGUUUCCACUUCUUUCUGGUCUGGCUGAUAUCAUUCCAACAGAAACUCUUCUUUGGAAGUUGAAACUGGUUAACUCAGCUUCUGCUUAUGCCAAUUCCCACCUUCAUGCCGUAAAAGCUGAAGUGCUAGUGAUUGCAAGUGGCAAGGAUUAUAUGCUUCCCAGUGCUGAUGAAGCUAAGCGUCUUAAAAGUUCACUACAAAAUUGCAAAGUUUAUCUCUUCAAAGACCAUGGGCAUACAAUUUUACUGGAGGUUGGAAUUAGUCUGCUCACUAUUAUUAAAGGUGCUUGCAAAUAUCGUUGUUCAAGGAGGCUCGAUUUUGUCUCAGACUUUGUACCCCCUAGCAUGUCAGAAUUCAAAUAUGCCGUUUAUGAAGUUUAUGGAUUAUCACGUGUUGCUACUGCUGCUGUUAUGUUCUCAACUCUAGAUGAUGGACGGAUAGUGAGAGGCCUUGCUGGGGUUCCAAAGGAAGGUCCUGUCUUGCUUGUUGGUUACCACAUGCUGAUGGCAUUUGAUCUUUUCCCUCUCGUAGAAGAAUUACUGAGAGAGAAAAUUGUUGUGCGUGGUCUAGCACAUCCGGUAAUCUUUACAGAUUCACUGGAAAAUUCAACUUCUGAAUUUUCUGUACUAGCUUUGAUGAAAGUACUGGGUGCUGUACCAGUUACAGCUAGAAAUAUUUUCAGAUUGCUUUCAACAAAAUCGCAUGUGCUUCUUUAUCCUGGAGGUGCACGGGAGUCUUUGCAUUAUAAGGGUGAAGAGUAUAAAUUAUGUUGGCCUAAACAACAAGAAUUUGUGAGAAUGGCUGCAAGGUUUGGGGCCACAAUUGUGCCAUUUGGGACUGUAGGAGAAGAUGAUAUAGCAGAAUUGGUUCUUGACUACAACGACCUAAUGCAAAUCCCUUUUGUUAAUGACUUUGUUAGAGAGAUAAAUCGCAAUGCUGUAAGACCCAGGAAUGAGAGUGAAGGCGAGGUUGCCCACCAAGAACAGUUUAUUCCAGGACUUUUGCCUAAGGUCCCUGGCCGAUUUUAUUAUCUAUUCGGAAAGCCCAUUGAGACGAAGGGGAAGGAAGAGCUUCUGAAAGACAGAGAUUAUGCAAAUGAGUUGUACUUGCAGAUAAAAUCUGAAGUUGAACACAAUAUCGACUACUUGUUGAAGAAGAGAGAGGAGGAUCCUUAUAGGAGUGUCAUUGAUAGAACAUUAUAUCGUGCAAUAUAUCAUCAUUGGCAAGACGUUCCAGCCUUUGAUCCUUGAAAUAUGGUUAGACAAGGGAGCUUUAGGUACCUAAACUUGUACAGGCUUCCAUUUACUGAAACUGAAUUCUGUACAAAGUACAAAAUUAUUUGUAAUAAAAGCUUUGGUGCUUUACCAGGUUCUCA